AUGGCUGCCGCCCCGGACUACAAGAAUAUCCCGCACUCGCACCGUCUACCCGUAAACCACCGCGAAGUCCAGCGCACCUUUACCAAGCUCUCCCGCCAAUCGCUCAUAUCGCUCGCACUACAAUGGCUCAGUAAAAAGAAUCGUGACUUUUGCAAGCCUUUUCUUCUGGAUGAGCGGACGAAAGAAGAUGUAGAGGAAAUAUAUGAGCCGGCGCAAAGCUAUGAGGUGCUUCAGGAGAUCUACAAGCAGCUGGCUGCACGCAAAGGUGGCAGGAGAGAGGUCCUGGAUCGCAUACUCGAGGGAGAUUGGAGACACGGUAUAUCCAUGUACCAACUGGCCACAGCAGAGAUACAGUACCUUCUCGAUCAUCCCAAUGCCCUGCGCUGGACAGCGAAGCGCCUCACAAAGAUACCGAAUGCGCGAUUGCCAGUGACAGACAUGGAGGUCACAAACGACUCUGACCACCUUCCCCGGUUCCAAGCGCAAACUUUCAUGUCGAAUCUCGCGAGAGAACUGACACCGCUGAUGAAAGCCCACUACCUUAUCACACGAAUAAAAACUUCACCCAUGACAAUACUUCGGGUCUAUAUACACGAUUCGCCGUAUAGCAACGAGGCAUCGCUGGCAGUUGAAUCGAGCAAUACCGACCAGGCCAAAGCGGUCUUCUUCGUCUGGCCCAAUGGCUCGCCUUUUGUAUACUCGUCACUGGCAACACUUACUGGCCAGGUCGUUGGUGACGAUGGGCGGCAUCUUAGGGAGAUUGUACAGCAGGCAAUACCCAAAGCCUUUUCAAGACCUUCUGCGCGCUACCAAUUAACCGGCACCAAUUUCACAACCAAGUCGCUUGACGCAUUAUUGACAUAUCGUGGGCCUGGUAAAAGCAAUGCCGCAGCAGGUGGCUGGAGCAUUUUUCAGGAUCAUAGUUUUAGUCAGAAUGCUUUAGACUUUAUCACUACGCAAAAAGGCGACAAGCAUGACAAGUCUUCAAGUGACAAGGCCAACGCGGAAAAGGCCGUCCCAGGAAGACCCAAGAGACCGUUAGACGAAAAGGAGCCCUCAGAGUCCAAACGGCGGAAAGAGGUGGCUGCUGGCCGGUUUGGUACCUCUGCCCAACCAGACGAUGGGCAAGGUCUUGAACGAGUCGAAAUUCGGAUCGACGACCCGUUCCCAGCCACUUCAAACAAUGACAGCAGUACACAAGCUGACGGCGAAACGUCCAAUCGUGGAGUUCAAAUAGCAAAUCGCACACGGCGUGGUCGUCCUUCGCUCCUUGAGAGGACCGAGGAAGAUCUGGAGGAGAUUGGGAAUGGAGAAGGAUGGGUGCCUAAUGUGCGGAUUACGUUUCAAGGCAUCCACGUCUUUGCCGGCAUGAGGCAAUUGGUUGAAGAAGGCAUUGUAGACGGCGAAAAGAUGCCUGGUUGGAUGACUGGCGAGGCAGGCAUCACGAUAGGAUCAGUUAAAGAUGGGCGGAUACGAAGUAAGGAUGGUGUCCCGGGUGUUUGA